GGUGCCCUGAUCUUAGUGGCGAUUGCCUCUUUGGCUAGCACCGCUGUAGUUCAAGGUGCACCAGACAACCGAGGCACCGAGUUCAUCAUUGGGUUCAUGGAGAACUACAUUGCUGGUUCCGCCUACCAGUGUGAGCUGUUUGUGACAACCGCCAGAACCACCGUGGUCAGUGUUCAAGUGGAUUCUCCCAAAUGUUCCAGCCCAAAGAUCUCAGCCUCCUUCUCGAUUACUGCGGGACAAGUCAAGCAGCUGAUGCUAAACUAUCAAAUCAGGAUGACAGGUUCGGCGAAAGGAAGUAAAGGAGUUUUAGUCAAGGCUACCGAUGACGUUGUCGUAUACGGAGUAAAUAAGGAGAAAUACUCCAAUGACGGCUUUGUCGGUCUUCCUGUUGACGUCAUGUCGGACGAGUACUACGUCAUCACCUGGGCCCCUCCGUACAGACAGUGCGAGAUGUUGGUGAUAGGAGCAGAAGACUCAACAUCUGUGAGCGUUACCAUUGGCCAGAGUAUCGGGUCCGGCGCCGUGAAUUAUGGCGGGAGAAACUACUACAGAGGAAAUGUUGUAACGGAAACUCUAAACAAGUACGACACAUGGCAGCUCGUCAGUACCGGCGACCUGACCGGAAGCUACGUCAAAUCUACCAAAAAGGUUGUCGUGUUUUCUGGCAACAAGAAGACAAAAAUUGGAUCCGGUGGUUCCCAAGAUCAUUUGGUGGAGCAGUUGACUCCAGUAGACACAUGGGGUAAAAACUUUGCUACGGUCCCAAUCCCGAAGAGAACUGUUGGUGACUAUUUCAAAUUCAUUGCAAGCGAAGACAGCACCACAGUAACGAUAUCGGGGGGAUACUCGUCAACCUUUACCAUUUCCCAAAAAGGCGGGAUGGUACAGAAGCUUAUUCCAUCCACAGCAUACUGUAAAAUUGUAGCAGACAAAGCCAUCAUGGUGACCCAAUUCGUUCAGUCCCAGCAGAGCUCCUCCGAACCUUCCGAUCCCGCCAUGUUGAUUAUUCCUCCCGUAGAGCAGUACGGCGCAGACUAUACAUUUUCCACUCCAAAAUAUUCAUUGGGAUCUUAUGAAAACUUCUUUAUGUUCAUUGUUGAAGCAAGCGAAGCGUCAGGUCUAAGAAUUGAUGGUAAAGCUUUUCCUACCAAUACCAUAAAUAAAGCAAUAUCAGGAACCAGCCUCGUUGGGGGGUACAUUUCGGUCUCUGAUGGCACUCACACAGUCCGACACACUUCUCCUAUCGCUAUUUUUGGAGGGUUUUUAUAUGGAAAGGCCCACCUGGAGACCUAUGGUUUUACAACUGGUAUGAGAAUGGCGAGAGUAAAUGCCGUCUGCGUCCCUUCCCCGACAGUUACAGGAGAUGGUAUAGACAACGAUUGCGACGGGAAAAUAGACGAGGAGCUAUGUACCCAGGAAAACCAAAACAAAGACGAUGACGGAGAUGGGUCAGUGAAUGAAGACUGUGCAAAACCCCAACCUGUUGACGGACAGUGGGCUUCUUGGGCGUCGUACGGCGCAUGCUCUGUGACUUGUCAACCAACUACUGGCACGGUAUCAGGAACUAAAACUCGAACCAGAUCUUGCUCAAAUCCAGCUCCGGCUUAUGACGGAAAACAGUGUGUUGGCACCGGAAGUGAAACUGUUUCCUGUACACCUACAAACCCUUGUCGAGUUGAUGGACAAUGGGGAUCUUGGGGGUCCUACGGAGCAUGCUCUGUAACAUGUGGUAGCGGCUUAAGGACGCGUUCAAGAUCCUGUAAUAAUCCUGCUCCAACAGGUGGUGGAAGUGACUGUGUGGGCAGCUCCACAUCCACUACCAUUUGCACAAUGGUAGCUUGUCCUAUUGAUGGUAAUUGGGCCACAUGGGGAUCCUAUGGCGGCUGUACGGUGACUUGUGGGGGAGGGUCACAGACCAGGACGCGCACCUGUUCCGACCCCGCCCCUCAGCAUGGUGGAACUUCUUGCUCUGGAUCCUCUUCUUCCCAUCAGGGUUGCAACGCUCAUAACUGUCCAAUUGACGGUGGAUGGGCGUCCUGGGGGUCCUAUGGCGCCUGCACCGUGACAUGUGGGGGAGGAACACAAGUAAGGAGUCGAACCUGUACCAACCCCGCCCCCCAAUAUCUAGGGGCCAACUGUGUGGGUAGUUCCACGUCUUCACAGAGUUGUAGCACCCAGAAUUGCCCGGUUGACGGAUCAUGGGCCAGCUGGGGAUCCUGGACCUCGUGUACCGAGACUUGUGGAGGAGGAGUGCAAUCCCGAACCCGAUCUUGUAACAGCCCCGCUCCACAAUAUGGUGGCGCUAACUGUCCCGGAAUGUCCUCAAGCACUCAAACUUGUAACACACAAAAUUGUCCCAUCAAUGGUGGCUGGGGUACGUGGACGUCUUGGAACUCCUGUACACUGACAUGCGGGGGAGGUACACAGACACGCUCACGAAGCUGUUCCAAUCCCGCCCCUCAGUAUGGUGGCUUGAGUUGUACGGGAUCCACGACAUCGACCCAAAAUUGCAACACACAGCACUGUCCAAUUGAUGGCGGUUUUUCAAACUGGGGAUCCUGGGGCACCUGCACCGUAACCUGUGGCGGAGGAACACAGGUGCGCACGCGCAGUUGCAGCAAUCCCGCUCCACAGUAUGGCGGUGCUACUUGUGUUGGAACCACUUCUCAGAAUCAGGCGUGCAAUACCCAAGUGUGCAUAAUUGAUGGUGCGUGGAGUCAGUGGGGGUCCUGGGGCACGUGCUCUGUCUCGUGCGGGGGAGGGAAACGGUCACGUGCCCGAUCUUGUAGCAACCCUACACCAGCCAAUGGAGGGAAAGAGUGUAUUGGUGCACUAAGUGACCUUGGAGACUGUAACCCACAACUGUGUCCAACACCAGCAGCUGGAGUUUACGUUCAGCUUUGCCCAACCGGAUGGUUUACUUGUAAAUCGGGGGGAAUUACUUGUAUUGACAAGGCAUUUAUCUGUGACUGUUCGUCAGACUGUGAUGACGGAAGUGACGAAACGACCGGAUAUGCCGGCUGCCCCGGAGCUGUCAUUGCUCAAUGUGCAGAAAACAGUUCAGAGAAACUGCUGACGUCACCGAUCAUGAUCGUCUGCUUGUUAGUGAUGGUGGUUCAUCAACUGAUGCAGUGACACGACUGUUCAAACAGUAUAAACGAUAAAUGUGAAUUAUCUGUGUUAUAUAUUUUUUGUAUGAGUCCAAUGAAGAAAAAUGAAAGCAUUUUUCAUAUGUUUCUGUACCUUAAUGUUUUUUUUUUAUAGAACUGCAUGUAAUACCAAGAAUAAUUUUGUUUUAAUCGUGAUUAAUUAAUUUGUGUUUUUAUUUAUUCAUUAAAAAUUCUUUGCUAGCGAUCUGAAUCUAUGAUCCAAUCAACUUCAAUUUGUUUUGCUAAAAAUUUUGUCCGGCAUGGUUAUGAUAUCUUGUUGGCACAAAUGAGUAGAACAUUUGAAAUCUUACAAGAGUAUGUGCAGAAUCGUGCGAAGCAAAUAUUGUACUUUUCCGUUUUGUUAUUGUUGCAGUUUUUAUAGUGUUCGUGUUUGCAGCAGCUAACAAACAACUUGUUAUUUACGUGUUGUAUAAUAUUUUAUUUUACAUUUUGUUAAUAACAUUUUUUAUGAUCGGCGUUAUAUUAUGAUGUUUUUAUAUAGCAAAGUAAAGACAAAAACCAAUAAAUAAUAAAUAUCAUAGAAUCAAAAAUU